CGGACUUCUUUAACCUUCUCUGAUCCAAGGAAAACCAGUGAGACCAUUAUCAGAAUGGAUUUAAUGGACACUGAUGACACGUGUGUAGAUAAGAAACUCACACUGGAUGACACGUGUGUAGAUAAGAAACUCACACUGGACGGCGUGGUCACUGAAGGUGAAACACCGGCACUCACAGACACUGACACGCCCGUCCAGCCAGCUGGGAGAAAAGGGAUUUUGCCUUUUGACACGGUGGAUUGCCAGAAAAAAAAGCUGGCCUCUAGAUAUGUGACUGUAUGUCUCGGCGUACUGUGUGCUGUCCUGGUGGCUGGUAACAUAGGACAGCUUGUCUACUAUGCCAGCCACCGCUUGUCGGCAGAACGCCUGCAGAGCAGUUAUGAUGCUCUAACUGCAGACCGAAAACAGUUAGAGGCGAGACUGAGUGACCUGACUAGAGAAAAAGACCAGCUGCAGAGAGACAAAGAGCAACUGCAAACCAGUGAUAAAACUCUGCGGCAGGAGAAACAGCAGUUACAGACCAGUUACAUUGAAUUGGCAUCAGGUUGCCUAACCGUGACCACACACUUCCAGAACAAGAUGUUGAGGACGGCGGUUCAAGUAAGAAGCUUGCCCUGUCAGACCGGCUGGACGAAGUUCGGUGACAACUGUUACAUUGUUUCAACCGAGAAGAAAAACUGGACGGCAAGCAGAGACGCCUGCAGCGCUGUGGGAGCAGAUCUGGUCACCAUAAAAAGCAGCGAAGAACAGGCAUUUGUCAACAGGAUCAUGCCAUCAGGCCUCAACGCCUGGAUCGGCAUGACUGACAGUCGUAAAGAGGGGACGUGGAUGUGGGUGGACGGGACCCUGGUCAACACAACGCACUGGCAGAAAGACCAGCCCAACAGUCAUGGCGGGGAACAGGACUGUGGAGAAAUUGUCCAGAACUCACCGGGAGUGGGAGGAUGGAACGAUGAUGGCUGCUUUGGUGACCAGAGCUAUAUAUGCGAGCAAUGACAUCACUAUUAUGUACACAUUUAACAAUGUGAUGCAGACUGUAAAAAGUAAAUGAAACCUAAGAUGGUGUUAUUUGGCUUUCUGCAACUUAAAAUAUGAAUAUUUUCUUAGAAACAUAUAAGAAUGGGUGCAAAGGUCACACACUAAUGAUCAGCUAUGCAUUUAUUAGUACAUCUUACUAUAUGAUGACGAAAACUCUGUUCAUGU